AUUUUCGUCGUGUGGAAUGUGUAAUAUUGUGUUGAAUUUUGUGCGAGGCUGCCACGACGCCCCGCGGCCCCCGCACGCCUAUGAAAACUGUUCAUUGCACUAUAGUAUGGGCCUUGUGCGUGCAUAGUGUGUGCAGUGCAUGUAUGAGCAUAUGAUUUGGGCCUGCGUGUGUGUUCGUGUGUUGUUGGUGAAUUGACAUUGCCCACGCGAUAAUUUGUAUUCCAACCCAAUGACUUAUGAGAGAUGACUUCAUUGAGUUCAGCUGAACAGCUAGAAACAAAGGACGAUGUACCACCUACUGUGACUCGGGAGCUGCAGUCAGAGGUCAAAGAACCUGCGCUACCUGUAGAGCAGAACUGUAGUAUAAGCCCAGAGACAGAGGACGUGUUACAUGAUCAUUUCCUACUGCCCUGUACAGUCAAAGUUAAGUGCGGCGGCUGCGGAAAGGAAGCCGAGGUUUUAAACCAAGACGACACCUCCCCGGACCUGACCGAAUUCUCGUACAUCUGCGACAUCUGCAAGUCCCGCGCCCAGAAGAAGCUCCGCCUCCACCAGCUCAUCAACGGCGGGACGUUCGCGGCGCAGGAACAACCGGAUCGGACAGAGCCGAAGCGGAAGCACCCAUGCCCGCACUGCUUUAAGGAAUUCAACUCCCAGAAGGACAUGAAAAGACAUACAAACAUCCAUACAGGAUUGAAACCAUACGCGUGCGAUACCUGCGGAAAGUCCUUCUCGCAGAGCUGCAGCCUGAAGCGCCAUCUAGUGACGCACACAGACUCUAAGCCGCACCGCUGCGAGGUCUGCGGUCAGACGUUCAGGGGUCAUCUGGCCCGGCAUAUGAGGAGCCAUACAGGGGAGAAGCCGUUCACCUGCGAGAUUUGCCAGAAAGGGUUCUACAGGAGCGAGCUUCUGAAGAGGCAUUUGGCGGAGCAUAUGACAGACGGAAGUGUUUCCGGCUCUAAAUCCAAGCUAGACGAUAUUUUUCAAAGGAGCCUGACCAAGCAGCAUACCUGCUUGAUCUGUGACAAAACAUACACAAACAGUGGACACCUCGCAAGACACAUGAAGCAACACAACAAUGAGAAUGUCCUGCGGUGCGGGGUAUGCACCAAGGUGUUCUACGUCAAGGAUGAACUCCAGGAACAUCUGCAGGGCCACAGCAAAGAAGACCUGGCUGCAAUCAUCGCUGGCACACUUGCAAACUUGCCUAUGAUGACCAAUGGCAGCCCUCCCUCUCCUGAGGCUGAAGAUGAUCCGAUAAAAGAAGAGCUUGCUCCUGAAGACGAUACCCCGGCGGUCUUCCCUUCACAGGACGCAGCUCCAGAGGAACACGCCUGCCUGGAGGACAAGGUGACCUGUGGCAUCUGCGGUCAUGCCUGCUGCUGUACCAACUACAUCCCACUACACAUGGAGAACCAUGAAGAAACCAUGGUCAACCACGAAGAGACCAUGUUAGUCCAGUGCAGAUCCUGCGGAAUGGACUUUGCACCAUCUGGUGCCAACAAAGGCUCCACGAUCUGCAACGUCUGCAAGCCCGAACAAGCAGGAAUGGGAGCACAACCAAAAUCGGAUGACAUCCAAGACGAUGAGGGAGACGAGGCCCAGGACGAUGUCCAGGAUGAUGAUGGACUCGCCGCAGGGGAUGAUGAGGAGAAGAGACACCAGUGCCUUGAAUGCGACAAGACAUACAAGUACAUCAAGCACCUCAGGGAGCACGCUCGGAUCCAUGCUGGCGGGUACCGACCGUACAAGUGCCCCACCUGCAGCAAGACCUUCUCCAAGCGAUACCACCUCAACAGGCACAUGCUGAUCCAUGGUAGACAUCAGCAAAGACAGCAGCAGAGCCAGUCCAAGACGCUCGCUGGAGUGAAGGGGAGAAUCGGAAGGCCACCUCACACCAUGGGAAGGCCACCUAACACCGUCGGAAGGCCACCUAACACCGUCGGAAGGCCACCCAAAACUGUAGGAAGGCCGCCACACACCGUGGGAAGGCCGCCACACGCCUUGGGAAGGCCGCCGCACACCGUGGGAAGGCCGCCGCACACCGUGGGAAGGCCGCCGCACACAGUGGGAAGGCCCGUGGGAAGGCCACCGCUGCAGCACGUCGUGAAGAAGGGGAGAGUCGGAAGGCCACGGCUCACUGAUCGAAAGCCGCAGCUGACCGAGAUGAAGCCGGUUGUUGCGGUUGCUGUCAAUGUGUAUGCAAGGCCGAAGCCACAUUCUGGAGGCAUGCCGUUUGUUUGCUCUGCCUGUGGGAAAGGGUUCCUGAAGAGGGUUCCCUUGAAGCGGCAUCUGCUUAACCACCUUCAAGAAGGCACCAUCCCUAAGGAUCAUCCGCAGAUCAAUGAGAUGAAGGUCAAUUCCUACGUGAACGCCAACAUGGGUGAAGCGCCCUCGCCCCAGCUCCAGACCUGUCCCAUCUGCACCAAGGUCUGCAAAGGUCUCCAUCUUUACCGACACAUGAAGAUACAUUCCAAGGAAGAGAUCGCAAAGGCCAAAGAGGGCGCAAUAGGUUCCUCUUCCCCGCAGCUCCAGCAGCAGCAGCAGCAGCAGCACAAGAGGCCUCAGAUGAAGAUCUCGAGUAGGGAAGCUCAGGGCGAGAUGGACUACGAGAAAGAUGAGAGUCAUUUUGACGGUGAAGAUUCUGAUGAAGAAAACAUGGAGGAUGAAGAAGAGGAAGAGGAUGGAUCGAUGUCCAUGUUAAAGGAUGGUGACCUCAAUGUCAAGGAAGAACCACCUGAGGAGGUAAAGGAACACACGUGUCUAGAAGACAAGGUCACCUGCGGGAUAUGUGGACAUAACUGCUGCUGCGCCAACUACAUAACAGUCCAUAUGGAAAUGCACAGCAAUGAAUCUGAGAACUGUGGCAAGUGUGGGAAGGAACUGGGUGAUCUUCCAUCCACCUAUGUCAAAGGUGGACGCAUCUGCAGCAUCUGCGCUUCCCGCUCCAGGAAGCAGUUGCGCCUCCACCAGAUUCUCCGGAACAGGGUGAUCCCUUCGGAUCUGCCCGCCGGCGUGACGAAGAAGCGCAUUGAGUGCCCGCACUGCCCGAAGAGCUUCGUAGAUCGCAAGUACUUCAGGGAGCAUCUGCGGAUCCAUACGGGUGAGAAGCGCUACCACUGCUCCUUCUGCGGGAUGGGCUUCGCGCACAGCCGCAACUUCAAGCGCCACGUCUGGAGGCACACUGGUGAGAAGCCCAACUGGUGCAACAUCUGCAACAAGGGGAUCGCUGGACACCUCGCGAGGCACAUGCGCAGCCACUCCACCGAGAAGAGCUACGUCUGCAACAUGUGCCACAAGGGUUUCAACCGCAGCGAGCAUCUCAAGAGGCACUUGAAGACGCACCUUGGUAUGCAUGAGGAGUACCAGUGCCAUCUCUGCUCCAAGAAGUACCUGCGGAAGGAGCACUUGAAGCGGCAUGUGAGAUCUCAUGAAGAUGGGACACUGACACAGCAGGGAGGAGCUGGCUCCAAUGAACUUAGUCCAGUAGUCAUGCCCGUUCGUCCACCAGUGAAUGACCAGCCAUACCGGGAGCAUCCCUGCACAUACAAUGACGCUGUCUGUGGUCUUUGUGGUGACGCCUGCUGUUGCGCCAACUACCUUCCUUUCCACAUGGAAGUGCAUGGUGAGAAAGCCGAAGACUACAUCGAAGGCGGCACCGUCAAGAAGGGCGCUACGCCGAGACAAGGUGGUGAUGGUGAGAAGCCAGUCAGGGACCACUCCUGCACCUAUGAUCCUGUGACCUGCGGUCUCUGUGGGCAGGCAUGCUGUUGUGCCAACUAUAUCCCCCUGCACAUGGAGAUUCAUGGUGAGAAGGCGAAGGAUCUUCCCAAAGACCACAUCCUCAAGGACUCUGAAGGUGAAAGUCUGACGGAAGCCCAUGAAGCACCCCAGAUUGCAGGGAAACAAGUGAAAGGGCACCCUUGCUUGCAGUACAAGGUGAGCUGUGGCAUUUGUGGUGAUGUAUGCUGUUGUACCAACUACAUUCCUUUCCAUAUGGAGCAGCACAAUGAGCAGGCUACAGAGUCCAUCGGAGAGGAUGAUAUCAUCAAGAAAGCCCUAGAUGCCUCCGACAUUGCCUCCGACUGCGGAGACGAUGUCAAACCACACCCUUGUACUCAUGAACUAAUCAGCUGUGGCAUCUGUGGCGAGCCAUGCUGUUGCCCCAACUACAUUCCUUUCCAUAUGAAACUGCACAGCGAGGUGAUGGACCAAGAGCCAAUCUGCCAAGAGGAAGUCGCCUACGUUGCCAAUCCAACAACUGUUACUGAUCAAGAUGUAGCUGAUACAGCAGAUGCUGUUCAAGAAGUCACAUCUUCUGCAGUUGAAGCAGUAGAAGCAGUCCAAACCCCUGAGGCAGUUGAAGCGCCAAGAGCAGUGCCGACACUGGGGCCGAAAGAAGAAGCUUUCGAAAAACAGGUGGUGAAUAAUGGCAGUGCCGUCAUGGAGGAACAUGUGGAAGAAUUUGACUGGGCCAGUGUUGCCAACUUCCUUCAAGGAACCCCUGAACCAGACCCGUUGCCUGUUCCUCCACUCCUCGCCAGCGGAAGCAACGUUGAACCUUUAAACGGAUCACCUAUCAAGGAAGAGCCCUCCACAGCUAGUCAUGUCGAUGAACACCAGGUGACGACGGAUCACGUGUGUCUUCAGGCCGAGGUGACCUGCGAGACCUGCGACAAGCUCCUGUGUUGCAUCAACAUCCUCAUUCCGCACCUGGACACCCACAAGGUCAUCAGCGUACGGUGCGAGCUCUGCCAACGGCACGUGGAGAUGACCAAGACCGUCACGGUGCUCAAAGACGGGGUCAAGAUCUACAAAUGCGGGAGCUGCGUGAUGGGCAUCUCAAUGAUGUCGUCCAGCCCCUCCAGGACAUCUCAGGUAAGAGCUGGUGAACCACGUGUCCUCGCAAAGAAGAGUAUCCCGUGUCCACACUGCAGCAGGGUAUUGAAGUGCCGCAAGGAUUACACUCGCCACGUGAAGAUCCAUGCGGAAUUCAAACCCUUCAAGUGCGACAUCUGCGAUAAGGAGUUUACGGCGAUGGCCAACCUGAGGCGUCAUCUGGACGCGCAUGCCGGGGUGAAGCCACAUGAAUGUCAGAUCUGCGGGCAGUACUUUAGUGGCCACAUGGCUCGUCACAUGAGGACCCACACAGGCGAGAAGAAGUACAGCUGUGAGAUCUGCAAAAAGGGAUUCCAACGCUUGGAGCAUCUGAAGAGACAUCUGUGGCAGCAUGUCAAGGAUGGACAGGCCACCAGCUCCCAUAAACAGCUACUUGAACUAGGCAUCACGGCGGACACUCCGCCACCGAGCGAGGCGGCGCCAUCUAAGCCCAACUGGUGCCAUAUCUGCGAGAAGGUGAUCCCGGGACGCCUUGCCCGGCAUAUGAUAACACACAGUGGCGUGAAACCCUACCAGUGCAGCGAAUGCCCCAAGGCUUUCUUCCGCUACGAGCACCUGAAGAGGCAUCUUGAAAUGCACUCCAGGAAUAAACAAUAUACAGGUGUAGUCAACACCCUGAAGGGUCAAUAGGUCAAGUGAAUCCUUACUUUAAACCAAUUCCUACAUCUUACAUGUUUUAUCCCGAAGUACAACCUAAGCGAGAAGACGAGAAGACUUUCCUUCAGUGAGAACAUCUGGAGGGUGUUUCACAAAUGUUGUCAUCAGUGACAAAUGACAGUUUUUGUUAUAAGCUACUGAAAUCCUUGCUUCUGAUUGGUUAUCAGCAGAUUUGUCACUGAUUUUUAUCGUUUGUCAUUGAGAAAAGGCUUUGUGAAACGGGUCCCUGGAGAAGGUAUCUAGAAAUCCAUGAUCAGAGAGCACAACUUGCUAGAAUGCUGUCAAUACCUGAAAGUGAAAGCAAUUCCAUCACUGUACAUGUUUUAUCCCGAAGUACAACCUAUGCGAGGAGACUUUUCUUCAGUGAGAAUAUCUGGAGAAACAUCUGGAAGUCUUAGCUCUGUGAGGACAAUUUACCGCGGAGCAGCAAACACCCUGAAGACGUGAAACCAAUUCCUUCACUGUACAUAUUUUAUCCCGAAGUAUAACCUAUAAGACGAGACUUUUCUUCUGUGGGAAAAUCUACAACUCCAUGUCCAGAGAGGACAAUUUACAGGGGUGCUGUCGACACCCUGAAGUGAAACUAAUUCUUUUAACCAUAUGUGUUUAAUCCAAGAUUACCACCUUAUAGACAAGACUUUCCUUCAGCAAGAACAUCUGGAGAAACAUAUGGAAGUCAAAGCUCGGAGGGGACAAUUUCAUGAUGUAACAAUGGGUUCCGGAAUUUGGUGGUUGCAUUUCUCAAGAUUUGAACUACAUCGUAAUCCAGGGCCCCCGUCUUUAUACAAAGAGUCAAUCGCAACUAUAUAGAUAGGAGACUGCAAACUUGCGAUUGAUUGGAGUACUUACGAUUGAUUUGGAUUGAUCGUAACUCUUUGUAAGACUGGUCCUUGACCCGUCAUUGACAUUCAACCAAAGGGUUGAUGGCCAUAAGCACCAGUGCUGGUAUUGAAUCCAAUGCUUAUGUCAGAAAUGAGAGUAUUUUACUAGGUUUCUGGCUAAGAUAAAUACUUACAAUGUAUUGAAUGUAGCCAAAUUUGAAAUACAUACUACACCAUUUACAUGUAUAUAUGUUUAUCUUUAUAUAGAUGUAGGAAGCAUUAAAGUGUAAAAGAUUUAAAGGAAAGUUAUUGUUGCUUUAUAUGUUGAAAAUUCAAUUUUCCUUUGUGACGCAAAAAAAGAAAAGAAUUU